GAGCAUCAACAAAGUCGCGCCUUUAUCAUACAAGAAAAUUUUGAAUUAAGAAAGAAUAAUGGCAAGAAUAUAUAUCUAUAAUUUUCUGUGUAUACUCGUUACGAUGUUUACUAUCGUAAUCGCAGCAGAUUACUGCAACAUGAAAUCAUGCAGCAAAAAAAAUAGUCAUACUAUGUGCAAAUACUCCUCAAAACCAGCAAAAGAAUGCGGAGAAGUAAAGUGUGUUGGUCUUACUGAUGCUGAGAGGAAGGCUAUAGUAAAUAAACACAAUGAAUUAAGACAGAAGAUUGCAUCGGGUAAAGAAACGAAAGGAAAACCAGGUCCGCAACCAAAGGCGGUUAGCAUGCCAAACGUGAUUUGGGAUAAAGAACUAGAAGAGGUUUGCCAAAGAUGGAUUAAUCAAUGCAAAUUCGGUCAUGAUGAAUGCAGACAUGUAGAUAGAUUUAUAGUUGGUCAGAACAUGGCCCAGGCAUCCUCUACGGGAAAAAACACAGCCACUGUGGAAAGUAUGAUCUUAUUAUGGUAUAAUGAAGUAAAUGAUUUUAAUAAUACUAAAAUUGAGAAAUAUGAAUUUGAACCAAAGAUAGGUCACUAUUCCCAACUGGUCUGGGCUAAAUCAACAAAAAUUGGCUGUGGAAAAAUAGAAUUUAAGGACUCAUCGAACUGGAAUAAAAUAAAUCUAUGUUGCAAUUAUGGUCCACAUGGAAAUGUGAACGGUCAAAAAAUAUAUGAAGUUAAAAAAUAAAUCCGAUUGAUGAUGUAAAAAUGAAUCCGAUUAAAGAUGUAAUAAAAGAAUAGCGAUAUAUGAAAAACAAUAGGAAGUCAAAUCAAAUGUUACAAUAUAUAUGUCUUGUCGAUAGAAAUAGAUAAUUGCAAUUGUCAUAAUAAUAUUAAUGAUG